AUGAUACUACUUCAUGAAAGACAUACUAGUAAUUAUAUAACUGAAAAAAUCUUGGAUAUAAUUUCAUUUUACAAUAUUGAUUCUCAAAUCAUUUCUGCAACUACUGAUAAUGCAUCUAGUAUAGAGGUAUUUGGAUAUAUGUUUCACAAAAAGCUUUGCUAUGAAUAUGGUAACAAGGACUUUGAACAUGUCUGCUAUGUGGCUCAUGUAUUGAACCUUACAGUUUCUGAAGGCAUGAAAGUUGUAGUCAAUUCAAUUAUAAAGUUGCGAAACUUUAUAAGCUAUAUAUGUAAAUCCCAACUUUUGUUUGAGGAGCUUAAAAAGGUUUUUCAAGCAAAUAGAAAGUUUUUUCUUAUAACUGACUUGGAUAAUAAUUCUGCUUUAAGAGACUGGUAUCUAAAUGAAGCUGAAUGGCAUAAAGCUAUUGUUAUAUUACUUAAGCCUAUAGCAAGAGCAAUGCCAAUUUUAUCAUCAUCAACUUGUCCUAUAAUAUGA